AUGAGGAUGCUUCGUGAGCUCUGCAACAACUCCACGACCAGGGUCUCGCUAUUUUACAAAGAAGUCAUCAUUAACGUGAAGAGAGGAGUCCGCCGGAGCGAUACUAACUCGCCCAAACUUUUCAGUGCCAGUCUGGAGGACAUUAUGUGUCAUAUGGAAUGGGUAGGCAUGGGAGUGAAGGUCGACGGCUGCUACUUACAUCAUCUCAGCUUUGCAGACGUCACUGCGCUUAAAAGACCGGACAUCGAGCAGAUGGAACGAAUGCUGGCCGAGUUCGACAGUGCUUGUGGAAAGAUCGGCUCGAGGCUGCAUUCAAGGAAAACGAUGCUGUUGAAAAACGGAUUGAUACCUGAUGCUCUUUUCACGCUGAACGGAAGGCAUAUCUGA